AGAUCAUGGUGGGGUUUUUUAUUUCCUCCUUAUCAAGAAUCCUCUGAUCAGUCAAAUACCCAUCAAUCAAUCAAAUCCCCAAACACUCCCAAAAAAAGAUCAGCUUCCAAUUUUUUUUUACUCUUCUUACAAAAAAAGAUGUCUAUGUCUUCCCCUUCCUCAGCUGUUUUUUCACCGGACCACCUCUCUCCUUCCGACCAUCUCUGCUAUGUCCAAUGCAACUUUUGUGACACCAUUCUUGCGGUUAGUGUUCCUUACACAAGCUUGUUCAAAACCGUAACUGUUCGAUGUGGUUGCUGUACCACCCUCCUCUCGGUGAACAUGAGACUUGUCCUCCCAGCUUCUAACCAGCUCCAACUCCAGCUCGGUCCUCACUCUAACUUCAAUUCCCAGAAUAUGCUGGAGGAGCUAAGAGAUGCACCGUCUAACAUGAAUAUGAUGAUGAUGAAUCAACAUCCUAACAUGAACGACAUGCCAUCUUUCAUGGAUCUUCAUCAACAACAUGAGAUUCCUAAAGCACCACCCGUUAACCGCCCUCCGGAGAAAAGACAGAGAGUCCCAUCCGCAUAUAACCGAUUCAUCAAGGAGGAGAUCCAACGCAUCAAAGCUGGUAAUCCUGAUAUAAGCCACAGAGAAGCCUUUAGCGCUGCUGCCAAGAAUUGGGCCCACUUCCCCCACAUACACUUCGGGCUCGUGCCAGACAAUCAACCCGUGAAGAAGACCAACAUGCCCCAACAGGAGGGAGAGGAUAACAUGGUGAUGAAAGAUGGGUUCUACGCUCCUGCGGCUAACGUUGGUGUGACUCCUUACUAAAAAAAACGAGAUAAAUAUAGUCCGAUCGACAAGUGUUUGAGGAACUGAAAUCCAGUUUCGUAAGGUUUAUUAUGAUCAUCAUGUCCAAAAGUUGGGUUUCUUUUUCUUUCUUGAACUUAUAUAAAGUAUGCAUCAUGUGUUUUCUUUUUCUUGUUUGUUGUAAUCAAAAAUCUUGCUAAUUAAUGGGGUUUCUUAUGGUCGAUUUCA